AUGGUUUCCAUGCUGUGGUUCCUUGCAUCCAUGGUUCUCGUGGGCCUUUUUGCUUACAGCACGCAGCGAAGUCGUAAGCGCCAUGAUCUACCUCUUCCUCCCGGUCCUCGACCCAAACCCAUCAUUGGAAACCUAAGGGAUCUUCCUAGCCCGGAUGAACAGGACUGGCAGCACUGGCUAAAGCACAAGGAACUAUAUGGACCCAUCAGCUCACUUCGCGUGCUCGGUAAGCGUAUCAUCAUUCUCAAUGAUGCUCAGCUGGCGGUGCAGCUUUUGGAAAAGCGAUCUGCCAUACACUCGUCGCGGCCUCAACAAAACUUCACUGAAAUGUCUGGCUGGCACAAUGUUCUUGGCGCGCUCAGAAACCCAGAGCACAUCAGGACUACUCGCAAGUACCUACAUCGAGAAAUUGGUUCAAACAAUUCUGUUGCUUGUUUCAACGAUGUUCAAAUAACAGAAGUUAGUCGGUUCCUCCUUAGGGUAAUGAAUGACCCUGAAAGACUUCAACAGCACAUUCGAAAGGAAGCUGGGGGAAUCGUCCUUAAAGUUGCAUACGGCUACACAAUCAGUCCUCAUUCUCCAGACCCACUUGUUGAUUUAGCCGACAAGGCAAUGGAAGACUUUUCGUAUGCCUUGCUCCCAACAGCAUGGGCCGUCGAUUUUAUUCCAAUUCUGAGAUAUUUGCCUGCCUGGUUCCCUGGCGCAGGCUUUAUUAAAACCUGUCAAGCCUAUAAGACGAGAGCAGUGGCAUUUAGUGACGUGCCAUACAAGUUCGUUAAGCAACAGAUGGAUACUAAGGCUUAUGUACCAUCAUUCUUAUCGAAUCUGCUGCGAAAGUGUGACGUGGAGCCGGGGUCCGAGGAAGAAAGAAUCAUCAAAUGGUCGGCUGGGUCACUAUAUGCUGGAGGAGCAGACACAACUGUCUCUGCAAUCGCCAGCUUCUUUCUCGCUAUGGCUUUUUAUCCGGAGGUGCAACUGAAGGCGCAACAAGAGCUGGAUUCAGUGGUUGGGGUUAAUACCCUCGUACAAUUUGAAGAUCGAGCGAAGCUUCCAUAUAUUAAUGCGCUGGUCAAAGAGGUUCUCCGGUGGCAUCCAGUCGUGCCUACAAAUAUUCCACACGUAUCAACCCAAGACGAUACUUGCGAAGGGUAUCUCAUUCCCAAGGGAUCAUCAAUUGUGGCCAAUAUAUGGGGUUUUACACACGAUGCAAAUAUCUAUUCUGAUCCCAUGGCUUUUAGACCAGAGCGUUUCUUGACUGGUUCAGCGGGCCAGCCUCCAGAGCGAGACCCCCACAUGCUUGUCUUCGGGUUUGGCCGUCGAGCUUGUCCCGGGCGUACUCUAGCAGACUCGAACAUAUUUCUCACCGUUGCACAAUCCCUGAGCGUUUUUGAAAUAUUCAAACCGCUGAAAAGCCCAGAAGCCCAAGAUUUUGACGUCAAGUUUCUCCCGGGGGUUAUCAGCCAUCCAGCGCCGUUCAAAGUAUCUAUUCAACCCAGAAGCUCGGCACAUCGGGACCUGAUCCAGUCCCUCGAACAUUCUUUUCCGUGGGAAAACGGCGAUGCUGAACUCCUUUCGAGUGUGCAAUAG